UAUCAUGAUUUAUUGAGUGAGUUCCUCCAUUUAGACAAAUUAUUACAUUCACCUUAAUUGAUACAUAUAGUUUAUAUCAAUUAGAUGCUGCCUAUGAAACUUUUCAAUUGAUAGAUAGGUAUGUAUAGUUGGCAUUAUCUGCAGUCGGACCAUUGAAAGCAACCAUUUAAAACGGGUACAGUCAACGCUUCAGUACAAGUUGAAGAAAGUUAUAGAAGACUAAGAUCUGCAAAAGCAAUCUUCUGACAAUUAAACAAAUUUUUUAAACUCCUUUUCCCCUAGAAUUAAUAAAAAAAAAAAAAAAAAGUCAUUUUCCUCAUCAUACUAUCACUUGAAAUUAAUCAACCAUGUCCACCCAAUACUCCAAAACAAAUGUUAACAUUCUCAAAGAACACAUUAAAACUCUUAUGGCAGACAAACGUACAGUAAUUUAAUCAAAUUCCAACAUUGUCUUGAACCUUAAAGAAAAAUAAAUCCAACUUUUCAAUAGCCAUGGAAUUGAUUAUUGCGUUCAAAGAACAUCUUCAAGAAACCAACUUUGAACUAACAAUUUCAGGAGAACAAUCAAUUUUGAUGCAAUCCAACCAGUGCUUUGACUUUCUUCCUAUAAACAACCACCACACACCAACAUCAUCACGUCCACCACAACAACAACCAUUACCACCAUUAUCUCCCCAACAGCAACAACCAUUACUGCCAUCACCUCCGCCGCAAGAACAAUCAUUACCACCAUCACCUACACGACAAAACCGCACCCUUCGAUUAAAUCGAACCCUAGCAUCACCCUACGCAUCACCCACACCUCCAAAAAAACAGAAAAAAAACAAAACAACUUAUAGACAACAAGAUAUUACGACAUUUGUCAGGAAACUAAACGAACUAAAAGAAACCACCCCUCAACUUACCUACCGCCCUCCCUCACCUAUCACCUUAACAAUAAAACCGAAUGAAUCAACAAUAAACAACAUGACCAUGAGGGAAAUUCUGGACGCAUACGAUACAUUUGCCAAAAAUGAACUUCGUAUGCAUUUCAGCCGCUAUUACAUGGCAUACCAAUUUUACAAAAAAACAGAAACAUACGAAUACUCAGACGCAGAACUGUACAGACAACAGUUCCCAAACAAUAAGAAAAUGCAAGACAAAUGUUCAAAAAUUAACACAGAAGGAAAAAAAGUCGACAUCAUUGCCACUUACAUUGGUGGCAUUGAUAAACUUUACAAUGAAGCAAUACUUGAUCGAAGAUUUAGCUUAUAUAACUUUACAUUAGCUAACUUACGAAAAGUGUUGAAACAAUAGACCAAAUGAACAGUCCAAUUUUACCGCCAUUGCAUAGCUUGGAAAUUGUACAAAUUCGCUGCUAACGACCCACUCGGUCAAGUUCACUUUUCCAAUCUGGCCCUUCCAGAAAAUUAAAGUAUGGUAAAAAAGAUAGCAAAACAUCGCUCUAGAAGGCCACAAAGUGGGACCUUUUCACGCAAAUACUUGGAGGCGUCGAAAAACUGUACAAUGAACCAUUCCUCGACCUUAAUAUACUUUACACAACUUUGAUCUCAAACAUGU